AACAUCCCCCAAAAAACAUGAAUCGAAAUCAUGUUAUCACAAUCGACCAAGAGGCGAAACUCAUGAACACCCAAAUGAUACAAUCCCCAAAAUUACUACACAAAUUUGCAGGCAAUGAAUCUUGUUGUAUAUUCAGAGUCCCUCAAAGUCUGGUCGAGCUCAACAAGGAAGCAUAUCAACCUCGAAUUGUCUCCAUCGGCCCAUACCACCAUGGAAGCAAGAAUCUUCAGAUGAUCGAAGAACAUAAAUGGAGGUUCCUACAUGGUUUAAUAUCAAGAACACGUAAGCCACUAAGUUCUUUCUUAUAUAGCAUAGUGUCAAUGGAGAAAGCUAUUCGAGAAAGCUAUUCGGAAUCUAUCGAACAUAUUGGUAGCAAUGAUCUUGCUAAGAUGAUGGUUCUUGAUGGGGUUUUCUUGAUCGAAUUAUUCCGGAAAGUUGGGAGGUUGAUUCCAACCGAUCAAGAUGAUCCCAUUUUCAAAAUGGUUUGGAUGUCUCCGCUUUUGCUGAGAGACCUCUUGAGGAUCGAGAACCAAAUCCCAUUUUUCGUUAUCCAAAAGCUGUUUGAUGAAUCUCGAUUCGGAACCAAUGAUGUUCGUAAGCUUCCAUCCUUAAUACUCGACUUUUUCAAUCACACAGUCGAUAGACCGGAAAAGGUGUUAGACCGCUACGUUAAACUCGAAGGGAAACACUUACUUGAUUUUUUUCGAAAAAGCUUUAUAAAAGACCCGGUUCCCAUAGAAGGAACCGACAAGCCCAAUAACCCUUCGCUUAAACGGAAAGACCCGGUUCCCAUAGAAGGAACUGACAAGCCCAAUAACCCUUCACUUAAACGGAUUCAACCAGCGACGACGCUCGUCGUCGCUGGUGUGAAGUUUGAGGAGAAUCAUGAAGCCGAUAGCUUUUUAGAUAUCGAGUUCAAAAAAGGGGUUCUUUCCAUCCCUCGAAUAACCAUGGACGAUUUUUACACUUCUUUCUUUUUGAACGGAAUGGCUUUCGAGCAAUGCUAUUCCAAGUGCUCGAAAGACAUCACGACUUAUGUUGUGUUCUUGGGAUGGCUCAUCAACAAUUCGGCCGACGUGGGUUUGCUUUCGGAGAGUAAAGUUAUCGAGAAUUACUUCGGGACGGAUAAAGAACUUGUGAAAUUCUUCAACCACGUUGGCAAAGAUGUUCCUUUUAACAUCAAGGAUAAUUACUUGAAAGGGUUGUUUAUAGAAGUGAAUGAGUAUUGUAAGAAUGGGUGGCAUGUGACUUGGGCCGGGUUUAAGCACAGAUAUUUUGAAAGCCCAUGGGCUUCUAUUUCAGCGGGGGCGGCCUUUGCUUUGUUAGUGCUUGCGUUACUCCAAACGUUAUAUACCAUGAUUCAAUACUACCAUGCCUCUAAGUCUAAGUGAAAACGUGCAAUCGAUGCCCGGUUCCGACUUCCGAGCGGUGGCGGGUGGUUGUGGCGGCACACCGGUGAUGGUGUUUUGAUUUCAAUGAUAUUCGGUUGAUGUUAAAUUCUUUGUAUCGAAUUUACUUUUGGUUUUAUAAUUAGUGUUACGUAGUAAGUAAAUAUCAAUUGCUUAUUUAGGGGUGUU